CUUCUUCAAUUGGGACAAAGAGUUAAAAAGUCUUGUUAUAUAUUUUUUAUUUUGUUUUGUUUAAGAUGCCAUCUAUCGAGAUGAGAUUGAGCAAUUUGUAAUUUGUUUUUUGUUUUUCUUUUUUUAAGGCGUUAUCGGUUUUUCCGACGUUCCCAACUGGAAUACUGCAUUUGUAAGAUUGUGUUAAGCUGAAAGGAAGUAGAUUAAAAUAUUAAUCGUAUAACGAGUGAAAUUAUGCAGAUGUUCUAAAGAAAAUAGGUUUUUGUAUAAUUAAACAAGGCGUUUUAGUGAAGAAUCAAUGAUUAGAGUGAAAUAGACGAAGCCUAUUUAUGAAUGAUUUGCAUAGAGCUGAUAAGAAUGUCUUUUAAACUGAUCAGACUGAAAAGUGAUGUCAAUUUCGAUAAGGAUUGCAUUGAUUUUAAACCGUAUACUCCAAUCCAAAUUAGAUUAGGUACAAAAGGAAUGUCGCUCUUAGGGUCGUAGGGUUGAGAUGCUCUCUACUAGUAGUGCUGGUCUGUCUUUGACAAACGUCUGAAAGAUGGCGCCUUUUGGAGAAAUAUAUUUGUAAUCAUUUUGUACGUGUCUAUGAAUGUUUAAGAAAGGAGGGAAUGCAUAGAAAACAAAUAAAAGGUCUAACAAAAUUCUCCCAUUCUCCAGUUUCUUGCCUUUCUCUCCUUUCACCCUUUUCGCACUUUUCUUUCUUUAUUUAAUCCUCUUUCCCAGUCUAUUUUUUCAGGUCUUUUAUAUAAUCCAUUAACUGGGGAAAAAGAGUAAAAAAAUCUUUUUCUCUAUCACCGAAGGUUAGCUCUCUUUCGUGUCCCCUCUAUGUAAUAUAUACUGGUCAUUUUCAGUUAAAGAGAGCAGGGAUUCUGAGACAGUGCAGGUAUGAAAAUUGAUGAGGAGGCGACUGCCUACUCUACCUGAGAAAUUAUAGUUACUUAGCUUAAAACGACUAAGUGUUCUGCAUUAUGCACGGCGCCGCAUAUGGCGCCAUCCGUUGUAUAUAAGGGCUUGUUUAUCUUCUUUUAAGCUUACUUUUUUGUGAGUCUCCCUGCUAUUAAAUGGAAGGCUCUUUUUCGCUUAUGUAUCUGAUAUAGUAUUUAAUUACUCUCAUGUAAAUUUUCAUCUAAGAGAAAAGGAUUUGUUCUUCAAUAAAACUUGAUAUCAUCUUCUCUCUAUAUAUGUAUAUAUAUUAUAAAUACAGAUAUAUACAUAUAUAUAUAUGUAUAUACAUAUAUUUUUACAACAUUGUUUGAUAUUCUGAUAAACAUACUGAAAAUAACAAGAGAAGACAAUGGAUUUUUAUGAAGAUGAAGUUGUUAAUUACGCUACAGGGAUUCGGGCCCCACCCUUAGGAGACGCUUUAUAUCACAUUUUCCUGUUCUGGCAUAGGAACGAUAGAGAAUUUUCUGACCAGCUUAUCGAACGAUUGCAAUGCGCUCGUAAUGCCUUCAAAUGUUGUUCUCAAUAUGAUAUAUACAAGUCGGAUGGGGAUAUGACGUUAUGUCAAAGUAUUUUAUCUGGUGUUAAAUAUUGUUCAAAGGCACUGUUAAUAGCUAGUUGGGAUUCACUUGAGCUAUGGAGAGAAUGCGAAGAAGCAAUUAACGAAGAAUUGGAUAUAGGAAGAAAAUUUGUUGUAUUACAACUUAAUCCUCAACUGGAUUUACCGACAUCCUUAUCGGAAUGUAAUGUUGUUAGUAUAAAAGAUGAUGACUGGUGGAUGAAACUAUUAGAUUCAUUAGCACCGGUUGUCCAUUUGUCGUCAACAUCUCCAAGUUUGGCCGGUGUAAAUCCUGGUAAGUGAAAAUAUUGAACAAGUAUAAAUAAAAAUUAAAUUUGGUACAAGCAGGAAAAACUAGAGUAGAAUUUGCACGCAUCAAAGCAAUUCCUUCCCAUUUAUUUGCCAUGAUACACUCCCUUGAGAGCGUUCUUUCACUACUAAAUUUCUCUAAACUUGACUUUUUAUCUGUAUAACUUCAUUAUACAAAUUAUACGUCUUACUUCUUUAUUUCAUUAUUAAUAACGCUGUUUAUUUAGACUUAUUCUCUUUUCUUUUUAAAUUAGCCUUACAGAGUGGGCACUUAUUAUUUAGCGCCCGGUCCCACCUCACUUGGCCAGGUAGAGAAAUAAUUGGUGAUCAGGUACCCGAGGAGUUACUUUCGCAUGGAUUACAGGUAUUAUUUAUUUGUAGUUACUAUUUAGACGAUUGUAAAUUGUUCUAUACUACUUUACACGGGUGUACACUUGUACCUGAUUUUUCCCUUUUCCCCGUCAUUUAAAUAUCCCUGUAAACAUGGUACAGAUAUAAUUAUGCAUAGGAAUCUAGUUAAUAUUCUACCUAUAGAGAGGAGAGAAAGAAAAAAAGAGUGGAAAAGAAAGAUUGAGAUAGAUAAAUAGA